CUUCUUUCGGCGUAACGUAUUUGUGUGGCGGCCUGUUGGAGUUUGGAAAUACUCACUGAAGUGUCCUCGAGGAGAAGAAUGUGUGGGUCAAAGUAUGAACGUGUACCUCAACAAAUCAGGCUACCAUACCAAGGUUCGUCACGUGUGUGACGUUUCCGGCUGGUACUUUAUAAUAACAGAGGUCCUGUGCUGCGGAUUCUGCCAUUCUUUGUCAACUCAGUGAGGCUCACCAAGCCAUGUUUCCUGCUAUUCUGACAGACAAGCGUGGUGUGGACAAAAAUGUGGUGCGGCUUUUGAGGGACCGGACCGAAGGGAACACCAUGGUUAAAGUGUGGCGACAAAUUCAGGAGAAUCAUGUUGAGGAGUAUCUCCACAGGAAAGACCUUUACACCACACUCCUCAUGACUCUCCUGAAGCCUGGGGGAAUCGUGUCAGCCUUAGGACACACGUUUGAGGCUCCACCUCCUCAAAGAGAGCUUCCCUCGGCUCGCCUGCUUCGCCAUGCUUUCCUUCUGGCGGAGGCCAGCAACGUACAGGACUACAGGAACCAGAUUCUCUCCACUUUUGGCAAAGUGCUAAAGAUGGACUCCACUAAAAAGGUGGUGAAGAAGCUGUCUGGGGAGGGUAAAGGCACGGCGGAGUGGUUUACCAGCAUAGGCAAUGAGCAUUCGCAGAUUGUCUCAUUUGUUCUUACCUGUGAAGAGUCCACUCGGUGUCUGAAGCCAAUGUGUCAGGGAGUAAUGGACCGCUUCCACCAGGCCAAUCAACCUGUGCCCAACAUCUUGUACAUUGACCGCGGGUGUUGUCGGGCACAAGGCCCGAGCGCUGUGGAGAGCUUAUUCCAGACGUGGGUUGAGAAUGGUAUGGUGGUGCGUUUGGACAUCUUCCACUGGAUACAUCGCUUUGAUGCAGCCAUUCGUACAGACAGCCACUCCAAGUACGCUGUGUUCAAGUCUGCCCUAGCAGGAGCGGUGCUGGCCUACAACCGCACAGACUUGGAGCUGCUCAUCAAAGCUGUUAGAGCGAAGGACCCGACAGUUUUUCACACCGUGGCUGAUGAAGACAUGAUGCGACUUUAUGUAUCCAGGGAACAGCUGAAGCACCACGUUCGCAGAGUCACACUUGGGGCUCAGGAGACCUUCCGGCUUGUCCAGAUAGCCAUAGAUGAGCUCAAAGGUCCUGCUGGGCUAGACGAGAGUGGAGUCAGCCUCUUCAAAUCGGCAGAAGCAAUAGACGGUGUAUGGGAAGGCCAGCAACGACACCUAGAGUGCAUUCAGGAUCCUCCAGAGAUGAGCAUGUACAGAGUGGCUCAUAGCACCAACAUCAACGGGGUGGACCUUCCUUAUUUCAAAUGUCUCCGUGGAAGCAACAGCCUGGAAGGAUUCCACAAAACACUGCCUCACAUGAUACCAGACUCUCAGAUCGAUCGCUCCUCGUUCCUGGAAAGAAAUCUUCAAAUGAGUCCCCACUGUGCUGCACGUCCAUAUCAAGUUUACCUGAUUAGUGGAAUCGCUCGGUGGAACUCAGACCGCAGCUCUGAUGCUGUGUUUGGUGGGAAAGGCAGAAAACUAAGAUCCUACUCUGCACCUCUGAUCGAGCGCCUUAACACCCGCUGCCAGCAGCUGUUUGGAGAAACCGUGGAGAAGAAUUUCCAAGCCCCUGCUGCUGUGACAUCAAAUGAGCUGCUUGGUUUGGAGUACCUCUUUAGCCAAAGCACAGGUGAAUCUGUUGCCUUCUCCCUCAGUGACCUCUCAAAGGAUGGUCCCAGUCCAGAGGAGGAAGUGGUUCAGCCAGACGAGCUUGACCCCAAUGAGGAUGACGAGGCCUACCAGAGCGACCCAGAGGCAGACCAGGACAGGAUGACUACUGACCCGGCCCACAUAAACCUUACCAUGGAGGAAACCACCACUGCUUACCCUCCGGCCUUUGAGGAUGCCUGUAGCCCCAACCCGCUGCCUGGAUUCCACCAGCUGGAAAACUUCUGUUCUCUGCUUGUGGAGAUUGGCAAGACUGAGAAUAAGCUGAGCCUGAUGACAGAGCAAAGGAACAGGCUCGUCGCCGCAUGGCACGAUGUAAUGGAACAUGACAAGCAACCACAGAAGUUUCAUCAGCUUUACAGAACACACUGGGGUAACACCUUGUAUUGCCGCACAAAGAGGGACGAUCUUGCUGAUGCUGCUGUGAUUCAGCGUGUCAAGAUGGCCAAGCGGUACGCACCGGCUCAGCAGGACAUCAGCGCUCAGCAAAACCGGCUAAUGUACACACUGGUCAAACUUCUUUGGCUGGGCUUACCUCAAAAAUCCAAAGCAAGCCCAGAAAAUACAUCCAUCCUGAAAGCCUAUGAGAGAAUUCAGCACUGCAUAUUGGUGGAGGAUCCAGUGCUGAGUAAAGUCGGUAUUCCUCUACCAAAAAUUAACAACAAGACGGUGAGGGAUUUCAUCCGUCGUCAAGAGAGGCUCAUCAACCUGCAGUCAACAAGAAUGCCAUCGGCCUCAAUAUCAAAGAUUACGUCUGUCUCCUCAAAAGACUUACCUCCAGCACCACAUCAACCGUCGGUUCUCCCUCCACCUGUAUAUCAACAGAUUGUGUAUGAACACAUUCCCAGCAAGGCAGGGACCAAGGUCUUAAAAGAACGAUCAGACAUGGUAAUGACAGCUCCUAAAACCUCGUCCCGGGUAAUGCCAGCCAUGUCUACCGUCUUCAGACCUCCACCAAGAAACACUUCAUCCACUGCUCCUACACAAGAGAUUCCGGCUACGUCCACCAGCACCACACCCUUGACAGUGUCUUCUGGCCCCACUGACACACCACAGAGUAUUGACACCCCCUCAGCCUGGUCCAGAGCUACAGUGUACAAAAGGAAAAGCACAGACAAUCCUACUCAAGUUGGAGUCAAACUGUCACGUGUACAUAACUUGCCUGUUUGUACGCUUUGCCACCAACCCACUCAGGGACACAAAAAAUAUAAAAAAAAAGACUUUUUGUCCUGUGAAAAUGAUGUCGACCUCCUUAGGAUUGGACAACAGAGUGUUCGACAGCUAUGAACACUUUACCACAGUUGUGGACUCACUAAAGUGAAUUUUGUUUUGCCUUUGUGAGAUAGGAAUAGCGUUUUUAUUUCACGUAACCGCACUUUUUACUCACUAUUUUUAAUUAUAUAAAGUUUAUGUGUGUAUCUGCUGUAUCUUUUAACCCAUUUUUAAAAGCAACAAUAUAUAGGAUAUUGUAUAUAUUGCCUUUAAUAUAUUUUUCUAUAUCACUUAACUAUUUUAUACUUGAUGUAACUGUGAUGCUUGUCUUGAAUAUUGCAUUUUAUUUCAUUCCAGUUAUAUUUUAUCUACCUAACCUUACCUUAUAUUUCAUAUUAUAUUAUAUUUUGUGUUAAAUGUAACCCAACGUU